AUGAUAAAGUUGAUGAUCGAACCACAACCUCUGCAUAUAAUAUCGGUCUACGCGCCAGAAGACAACAAACCGAAACAAGAGAAGGAAAUCUUUUUUAACGAACUUAAGAAUAUCGGGGAGUCAAUACCACCAAGGAAAUCAAUUGUCAUCCUCGGAGAUUUUAAUGCUCGCAUCUGUAACGAGCAAAUCUCCGGAGUCAUGCAACGGUUCAACGAACACAUAAUUAACGAUAACGGAAAACUUAUGAUCAACCUCUGUUCUCUGACAGGGCUUAGAAUCAAUAACAACUACUUCAACCAUAAAGCCCAACACAAAUAUACGUUUGGUAACACCCGAGGUCAAAAGUCAACUAUUGACUACGUCGUGACGAACAGAUGUAUACCACCUUCCGAAAUUUUAGAUGUCAGAGUACUUAACUCAGCUGAUGUGGGAAGCGAUCAUGGUUUACUCCUUGGUAAAUUUAGAUUAAAGUAUAACUUCAAAAGAAAACAAAAACACCCAGUCAGAGCAAGAGAAAAAAUUAGAGUAGAAGCUCUCUGGGGCACAACAACCCGAGAUCUGUACAGAAAGCGAUUAGAGGAAAAAAUUGAACUGCAUCCAACCACCAACUUGGACGAUCUCAACACAAUUUGGAGCAAACUAAAGACAAACAUCAGAACUGCAGCCAUGGAAGCUGUAGGAACAACAACAUACAAAAGUCAAGGUUGUAGAAAAAAUAAAACACCAUGGUUCUGCGAAAAAGUCAAAAAUCAAUACAGAAAAAAGAGAGAAGCAUACUUAAAAUAUUUAACAACCUGA